AUGGAGGAGCUUUUACGCGAGCAGGACGGCUGGUCUGAGAACGGCUCGUGGUGCAACUCGAGCCGCGCGAAUGAAAGCCACGCGGGGAACGCCACGGUGAACCCUCUGAAACGGAACGAGGAAGUGGCCAAAGUGGAGGUGACGGUGCUGGUCCUGGUGCUCCUGCUCGCUCUGACUGGUAACCUGUGCGUCCUGUGGGCCAUCCACACCACCAAGCACGGCCAGUCCCGCAUGUACUACUUCAUGAAGCACCUGAGCAUCGCGGACCUGGUGGUCGCUGUGUUUCAGGUCCUACCUCAGCUCAUCUGGGACAUCACCUUCCGCUUCUACGGACCCGACUUGCUCUGCAGGCUGGUCAAGUACCUCCAGGUGGUGGGGAUGUUCGCGUCCACCUACAUGCUCGUCCUGAUGUCCGUGGACAGGUGCUUGGCCAUCUGCCAGCCGCUGCGCUCCGUGCACAAGGGGAAGGAUCGUGUCUGCGUGAUCACCUCGUGGAUCCUCAGCCUGCUCUUCAGCACCCCGCAGGUCUACAUCUUCUCUCUCAGAGAGGUGGGGAGCGGCGUGUACGACUGCUGGGGGGACUUUGUGGAGCCGUGGGGCGCCAAAGCCUACAUCACGUGGAUGAGCCUCAGCAUCUACAUCCUCCCAGUGGCGAUUUUAAGCAUCUGCUAUGGCUUGAUAUGCUUCAAAAUAUGGCAGAACAUCAACAUGAAAACCAGGAGGGAGCACUUCUUGGCUCUCACCCCGAGGCCGUCCAAGGGCGCGCAUCCACUGUCGCGCGUGAGCAGCGUCAGGCUCAUCUCCAAAGCCAAGAUCCGCACAGUGAAAAUGACUUUUGUCGUGGUCCUGGCUUACAUUGUGUGCUGGACUCCGUUUUUCUUUGUCCAGAUGUGGUCUGCGUGGGAUCCUGCUGCGCCUAGAGAAGGUUUGUCCUAA